AACAAAAACAAAUCCAAAACCUCAAAGAACUUUUGUUAAUGUGAAUUAUAUCUAUCAUUUUAUCAAGUUAAAGAAAUGUAAACAUUUUUAUUUUCAAUUAACACUAAAUUUAAAAAUAAUAAACUCUUCAUAUACUAACAAUGAUUUUUAAACUAUUUUACAAAACAAAAAUAGUAAGGACAGCAUCAUUUUAUAUUUUGUCAGUCCUCUUACACCUAGCUUAACAGAAGACAGCUGACUCUCGACCUUUUGCAUGCAAUGUGUCAUCAUGUCACACCCCACAGAGCAUCUAGCAAACUGCACUGGACGGACCCUCAUGAAUGAGUGUGAGACAAAUAAUCUCUUCAUGCCAAUAUGAGAAUAAUUCUGACCUCUGACCCUCUCUCAAGAAGUCCUAGGGGGUUGGGGACACAGCUCAAGUGGCAGAGCGCUUGUCUAGCAGGUACAAGGCCCUGGGUUCAAUUCCCCUGUCGGGAGGAAGGGGGUCCCAGGAGCUGGGUAUGGUGGCAUACUUAGGAAGCUAAGAACAAUCAAGCGUUCCAAGGCUAGCCUGAGCAACACAGUAGUGAGACCCUGUCUCAAGGAUGCCCAGAUAAGGGCUGGCUCAGUGGCUCAGAGGCUCAGUGGCUCAGUGGCUCAGUGGCUCAGUGGUAGAGUGUCUGCAUAGCAAACAAGAAGCUGACUUUAAACCCCAGCACCACCAAAAAAAAAAAAAAAGGACAAAUUCAGAUGAUGCUGAGAUGAAGGUGACUUUGGCCCAGCCAGACCUGGCACUGGCAGCCUCUCCAUGAAUGACAGCGAACAGACCCCAGGGGCGUGGCCUUUCACCUGUCCUCCUCAAAGCUCAGGGGCCACUCUGCUGGCUCUGACCCAGGCUUUUUCUGGGGCAAGGGAUCCUGAUCUGUCAGGUCCAACCAGAAUGAGAGUGCCUUGUACCAGGGACUACCUUACCCUCUUUCAAGGGCACUUGUCCCUGAUGCUACCAAACUGAGUGUUCCAUAAAGACCAAACACUGCUGGACUUUACAAUCAAGGUCCAGGAAAAGCAGUCCCAGCCCUUAAGAGGAGGAGAGGGGGCUGGAGGCGGGUGGAAUCGCUCCUGUACAAGGAGAGCUGCCUUAGAUCAGAAAUCCACCUCCUCUGGUUCUUCUGUCCCUCCUGGGGACAAAAAGGGAUUCCUUCCUUUGCUCCUCUCUAGCACCCUGCUCAACAUGCCUCGGUCUCCUUGUGGGGUGAAAGUGGUAUGCCAUAGAAAAUAUGCAUUUAGGAUUUACUAUCACCUCUGUCUUUUCUCAGCUGUGUAACCUUGGGGAAGUUACCUAACCUCUCAGAGACUUAGUACCACCUUUUGUAAAAUAGUUAUAGAGUUAUGAAAGGACAGAAACUGUAUGAAAGACCUCUUGCUUAGGGCCUCAAACAUCAUAGAUGUUUACAAAUGAUAGCCAGGGAUACUGCACUGCCUCUGCACUGCCUCCACACUCUCGCCCUACCCAACUCUCAGCCUGAGCACAACUAACACAGAACAGAUUAGCAAUCCCUGAGGACAGCUGGGCCAGGAUGGGAUUUUCCCAGAGAACCUCACUCAGGGAGAAAAGGGCAUGAAGUGAUCUUUGCUGUGGAGGUUUCCUACCCUGUGACAACAGGCAGCCCCAACAGCCAGACUCCAUACCCACCCUUUCACGCCCACACUGCUACCACCUCAGGCACUGUCUCCCUCUCUGCUGCAGGCUGAGGGCCCAGGGAUAAGCAGAAACCCUUUCAGCUUGCCCUCCCUGUUGUGGCUUCUCUCCACGUGUCCUAGCCACACGGGUGAUAAAACGGGUCUUCCAAAGACCUGGGCGUGGUUAAUGCCCUCAUCACCGAGAUGGGGAGGACUGGUGGACAGCUGUCCUUAGGAUGCAUAGGCCUUGAAGCUGCCAGCCCCUUUCCCCAGCUUCUCUCUCAGAAGGCCUGUGCCUGCAAAGUGGCCACACUCUCCUCCAUCCCUGCACCCCAGGCACUAAGUCAAUACCUUGGGUGAGGAGGGGUGGUCUCGCGUCCCCACUGAGCACUUACUUGACUUCCUCUGCUGGUGUCCACAGCCACCGCCUGUGCCUUUAAGAGUUGCCACCCUGUGUAGGGGCUUGACCUCAGCAUCCUCAGCUGAGUUGGAUUAAGGGACCAUUUCAUGCCUUUCUGAAUUCUUCUCACUUCUGUCCCCUCCCCCACAUGGAAACAGAGUAGCCCAAACCAGUCUGCCAAGGGCAGCCAGAGAACUGGUCUAGCCUGGCAGCCCUCUGCCUCUGGGAGUAGAGGCUGCCCCUUUGAUAGGGAACUUGGAGCCAGGGAGUGGACCCUCAAGGAUCCCAGGGAGAGGGGCUGUCACAGGAACUCCAGAAGGCCAUGCAAAGCCUUGGGCCAUGAAGGACUCAGAUGUCAUCCUCUGUGAGGAAGCAACAGAACUGAGCAAGACCGAGUUCUGCAAUCCUGCUUUCGAACCUGAAGCAGGGCCAUCUUGCCCUCCACCAGCCUUCCAGCAGGAUGCCAGCCGCAGAGUCCAAGCUCCCUGGCAUGGCCGGCAUCCCCGAGGGCUGCAGCCAGACUGCCACUUCUCCUGGCUUUGUAUCCUCCUGCUUGCCAGUCUGCUGCUCCUACUGCUCGGGCUGCUGGUGGCUAUCAUUCUGGCCCAGUUUCAGGUUGCAGCCCUAUCCAGGGCCACUGAGAGCCCACUGCCCACUCAAGGCCACUCCACCACCACCACUACCCCUACUACCAUCACCACCACUACAUCCCUGGCAACUACAGGGCAGCAGGAAUCAGGCUUGAGCCCUACACACCAGGCCACCUGCGGAGGCCUCCUUUCUGGCCUAAGCGGCUUCUUCAGCACUCCCAACUACCCAGACCCUUACCCACCCAACAUCCACUGCGUGUGGCAUAUCCAGGUGGCCACAGACCACACAAUACAGCUCAAGAUCGAAGCCCUCAGCAUGGAGGGGGUGGCCUCCUGUCUUUUUGAUCGCUUGGAAAUCUCCCCAGAACCUGAAGGCCCCCUCCUCAGGGUGUGUGGAAGGGUGCCUCCCCCCACACUCAACACCAACACCAGCCACCUCCGUGUGGCCUUCGUCUCUGACAGCAGUGUGGAAGGCUCUGGUUUCCAGGCCUGGUACCAGGCUGUGACCCCUGGGCAAGGGGGCUGUGCCCACAAUGAGUUCCGCUGUGACCAGCUCCUCUGCCUGCUACCUGACUCAGUGUGCGAUGGCUUUGCCAACUGUGCUGACGGCAGUGAUGAGAGCAACUGCAGUGCCAAGCUCUCAGGGUGUGGGGGGAAUCUGACUGGGCUCCAGGGCACUUUCUCUACUCCCAACUAUCCACAGCAGUACCCUCACCAACAGCUUUGCACCUGGCAUAUCUCAGUGCCCAUGGGACACGGCAUAAAACUGCAGUUCCACAACUUCAGCCUGGAAGGGCAGGACGAGUGCAAAUUUGACUAUGUGGAGGUGUAUGAGGCCCACAGCUCAGGAGCCCCCAGCCUCCUGGGCAGGUUCUGUGGAGCAGAGCCACCACCCCACCUGGUCUCCUUGCACCACCAACUGGCUGUGCUCUUUAGGACAGACCAUGGCAUCAGCAGCCGGGGCUUCUCAGCCACCUACCAGGCCUUCAAUACUACACAGAACCCCUGUGGACACAGAGAAUUCUGUGAGGAUGGAGGCUGUAGAGAUCUGCAGUGGGUGUGUGACUUAUGGAGAGACUGCUCACGUGACGGUGAUGACAAUUGCAACACCCCUUUGUUCCCACAUCCAGAGCUGGCCUGUGAACCUGUCCAGGUGGAGAUGUGCCUUGGGCUGAGCUACAACACUACUGCCUUCCCUAACAUCUGGGUGGCCAUGUCCACCCAGGAGGAGGUCAUUGAUGUCCUUAGAGGUUACAAGAGUCUGACAAGUCUUCCUUGCUACCAGAAUUUCCGGAGACUCCUUUGUGGGCUGCUUGUGCCCCGCUGUACCCCACUAGGCAGCAUCCUUCCACUCUGCCGCUCUGUCUGCCGGGAGGCUGAGCGCCAGUGCCAGUCUGACUUGGCACUACUGGGCACCCCCUGGCCCUUCAACUGCAACAGGCUGCCUGAGGCAGCUGGCCUGGAAGCUUGUGCCCAGCCCUGA